GGCACGCGGUUUUGUCGCGGUUUCACCGGCGCGUUUCCUUUUUCUUUAUUUCUCUAAUUUCAAUCAUUUUUGCCAAACCCACGAGCCGGGAGAAUGACGAAGGCAAUUAGUCGGUGUUUUUAUCGAAUCGAUCUUUCGACGUCGGGCACGUGGGAUCUGUCGAUCUCGUCGAAAAAUCCUCAUGUUUGACUUUCUCUAUUUUCCCGCCAGUCAAUCACGUCUUUCGAUCGUACUUCCGGUCUGGUCGUGCAGAAAACACUGUUUUUCAAGAGCUCUCAAUCGGGAAUUUUCGCUGCCCAUGAGCUUCGUGUGCUCAGGGUUUAAAGUUUUUGUUUAGUUGCACACGAGCUCUCCUCGUGAAACGUCGAACAAUUUUCUACCGAGUGGGAAAAGGAGGCAAGGAUCUAUCGGAAUCUUGGCAAGAUCCAUAUACGCUCGAAGGAGGAUCUCUCCGGACGGCCUUGAAAUUCCAUCGGGACACACUCGGAGACCGAGAUUGCGAGGUGUGUGUCUUCUUCUACCGCGUGUGUGCCAGUGCAGCAAGAUCAAAGACUGAAAAAGGAGGAUCGAAGAGUCGACAGGAACGCGAUAUACACGCGUCUUAUCAACGUGUCCCUUGAGUAUUUAUCUCGUUUAAUUUGCAACGAGGAGACUCCCGACAGCCAACUCCGACAAAUUAUUUCGGACGAAAACCCGCCGGAGUGUUCUUCGUAUCGCGUAUUUUCGCGAGGUAAGACGUCUCGCGCGUGUUGACGAGCACGUGCACCUUGAGCGAGCGUUGAUCGAGUCCCGUCAAAAAUCGCCUCGGAGAGGCGGCUCAAACUUUGGCGCGCGCGGAUUCCCCUCUUUCUUGACUCUCUCAUAACGCGAUAUUUCGAAACAAGUUUCUCUCGUCUCUGUCGGAUUUUCCACCUUUUUUCUUCUUCCUCGGGGAGCACUCGAAUCACGAAACGAAAAUCUGAAUUUCGAUAUAACUUCGGAGAAGCGAACAAGCGAAUCCCGGCAAAAUAUCGUUUCCCCUGAUUCUGUUUCACCUCGUUAAACUAAACAAGCUUCAACUAUUUCGGUGCGGACUUUCAUUCUCUCAUGAGGACUUUACUUCGUCGCUAAAUUCGCCCACGCAAUCGCGACGUUUAUUUCGGAGUAACUCGCUCCAAAGACAUUAGUGCAGUGCUGUGUUUGCCGAGUGCGUUAUUCUUAAUCAAAAAUAUAUUAUUUAUUGCCUCUGCCAAGAGAGCAUUGGAUAAACACCUUGUGUUUUCCGUGUCUGUGGCUUCUCGUGUGUGCAUCUGUGUGAACGUGUGCGUGCAUUGUGUAUAAAAUCUCUCUCAAGACGGAUAUAACCUUGACAUCUGUUGAAUUGUUCCCGCGCUGAACUCUGCAUCACCGGAACUUCCGCUCGAGGUGACUAUCGUGAAAAUGGUACCGGGGACCAAGGUGACGUAGCGAAAAUGGAGAGGUCACGAUCGAACGGAGGUAACAACAAGUCGCGUAUCGAUGACAAAACGACAAGCGGGGUCGGGUUAUCGAGCUCUCGGCAGCCACCAAACUGUUCGCUCGAUCGAUCGACGACCACGACGACGACGACCACGACAACAGCCACGACAACGACGCCGCCGACGAAAAUUGUCGGGGACGAAGACACCGGAGGCUGCCGAGAAAACGGCUCCAUGGAUCCUUACAGGGAGCUCGAAAUUUACCUCGCCAGAGUUAUCGAGGAAAUCGACGAUUUUAUCAUACCAACAGCAGUGACGCCGCUGAGCCGAGCCGGGGAAACGGACAUUUCGCGUAAGCAAAGCCAAAUAAAUUCCAAUGUUCGUAUCUCGAGCGUAUCUUGCCCGAACGAUCGAUCUCUAGUCGAGACUAAAUCGUCAUGCAACGAAACUUCAGGCAUUUCGUCUGUUCCUCGAUCGGAGAGGAACGAAGUUGGAAAGACUUUUAAGUGUCCAGAGGAUCGAAUCGGAAAGUCGAUUGAAAAGAUCGGAAAUGAAGAGUCGAACGAGAAGGUGCGUGAGAAUUUUUCGAGCCCGGUAGGAACGAUUUGUUGGCGGAAAAACGUGAUCGAUGAUCGGAUUAUCGAUUACAAAGAAUUAUUGAGCGAAUUUGGUUUAUCGGAUAGCGAGUGCGCCGAGAGCUUCGAGGCUGAUAAAUCGUCAUCGAACGUUUGUACAAAUGGCGACGCGCGGUUGAACGAUGUGUCGGUAAAGAAUGAGCAUCUUCCGGAGUCUAUGAAAAUGGGUAUAACCGCGUCGUACGUGCUAAAUUCGGAGUACGAAGAUCCGAAAGAUCUGAUUAUCGCGCGACAACCGAUGAUCAAGAAAAUCGAUAAUUUCCCCACGAAAAUAGACAAUAGUUACCCGCUCGAGAGUCUCGAAGGCGGCAAAGAUGAGAAAGAAUCGUUGACCGAGCCUCAGAGUUCCGACUACGAAGAACCGUUCGCUGAUAGCCCAGAAACGUCAACGAAUCUCGAUUCGAAUGAUUCGCUCAUCGUCGAUGUACCGAAUAAAAUUUCUAGUCUGCCGAUAAACUCGGAACGCUGCGGCCCAACGUCGCGCGGACGUACGAGCGAUUGCGUCGUCGUAAGUGUAUUGCCAAAGAGUAAUAAAAUCGUAGAUGUAGGGAAAGAUUGCGAGAUGAACGAUCGAGGGUCUGUUGAGUGCGGAAAGGAGAGGCGAGCUCGUGAGAAUAAAACAUUCGAUUCUUGUUCGUCGUUCGCGACGAAUAAUCCGGCGAGUGAGAGGGAGACGGAUAGAUCGACGUCAAUAAAUAGCGACGGGAAUGAAGAAUGUUCGAAAAAGUUGCCACCUCGACAGCGGCAGCAGGAACAACGUUGCAAAAGGACUAAUCUACCGAGAAGCCCGAUCACCCAAAAACGUCCGAGAUUUUUGCUUCACGGUAAAUUGGCAAAAAGCGGUCUAGCGCGCUCGGAAAACAGUGCCGAAUCUGCUGACACUGAUUACAGCGAGGUUUUUCCUUCGAGGUCUCGAGAGUUCGUGACGCGUUCGAAAUCCCUCGAAAAUCCAUCAAUCCCGAGAUCCGCUCCAGUCACGCCGACCGACGACAAGAGACUUCCCUUUUCAAAAAUUCUACGCAAAUGUCACAUACCUGUGUUUCGGGAGAGCAUCAGCGACGCGGUACUCGUUCGAGUCUCCUCGCUUCCCGACGAGGACCUCCUCGAGCUCGGCUCCGGUGUACCGAUCAACGAAAACUUUACGAUCAAUGAUAAAACAGUCGCCAAAGAUUCUUCUCUUGCGAGAAAUAUCGGUACGGCAUCUCCGUUGACCUUGAGAUCCGACGUUACCGCCAAGAGGCUUUCCGAAUCGGACAAGGACGUGAGCCAGAUAAGUCCCGUUGAAUUAAAGAAAUUCAACUCCGUGCGACGUACGAGCGUUAACGACGCUGCCGUUGGCUGCGAUAUUCACGAUACGGCGAAAUGCCUUGCUACCGAUGAGUCCGCAGAAAUCGUGAGGUCGAAAGAAAAGUUUAAACAGGAGGACGCCGCGGCCAAGGGGAUCGGGAUCGAUGAGAAUAAUUCGAGAUCAGGAUCACUGCCGAUAUCUCUCCAAUCGUUGUUUUCCCGACUCCGCAAUGGCUCGACCUCCUGUUGUCCGAGUAACCUGCCCACCGAGUCGUUCGCCUACAAUAACAUAGCGACGCAAACAUCACCAGCCAUGUCUCGAAGCUCGAGUUUUACGUGGGUCAGCGAUUGUGAAUCGCCUCGAGCCGAAUCGCAGCUCGACGCUCAUUCCAUCCAGGACGAGAGCGCUCUGGAGCCCAGUUCUCCACAAGACACGGUCGAUGACGACAACAGAUCAUCCUCCUCGUCUCAGGAUUUAUUACAGAGCAUGGACGAAAUUUCAUCCGGAAGUAUAUCGCCUGACACGACCAAUGACAGGGGUUCUUCGCCCCUCGAGAGUGGAAUCGGAACUGCUAGUCCUCCGAGGAGUACAGAUCGACGUCCGGUCAAACCCUCUACGGGGAACAAAUGCCACCGCAAAGAGACCUGGGAACGAAUCCGACGCAGACCCUCGAAAUUAAGCUGCCACAGCGAGAGGGGCUCGUCGGACGUUUGGAUACGCAGAGAGAGCGUUCACACUCAGACACGUGAAAAUGACGAUCAAUGUUCACAGGAGGCUGUCGACAGUAGCAGUGGAUUGGACGACACGCUGCCACGAACAAAAGCCCCAAGGCCGACCAAUCUGCCCCUAGCGAUUUGCAUCACAGCGAGUAGCUCCUUAAGUUCGGCUGAAUUACUCGAUGCACUGCCACGCGCACCCUCGUCACCCUCAGCUGCUAGUCUUCAACUCAAGCACGAGCCCCUUCAGAUCGAAUUAGGAAGCAAAAGCAGCAGUGCCCCUCUACUUGAGAACAAGGAAUCUGCUACGGACACCACCACCAAACCGAUACCGCGACAGCCGAGAUCGCAGUCUGAGCGUCAACUUUCUGAAAUCGAAGCUCAAGAAGCAUGCAAAUGGCUGAGGGCAGCUGGUUUCCCACAGUACGCGCAGAUGUACGAAGACUAUCAGUUUCCAAUCGACGUGUCCGGGGUGGCGAAGGACCAUCCGUUCCUUGAAGCCGACUCGUUGCAGAGUCUCUUCCGUCGACUUCACGCCCUCAAUCGUUGCGCGAACAUGAAGCUCGACACCCACCAUCACAGCCACCACCACAGCACCAAUCACGACAAAAGCGCUCCCGGCGAAGACUCCGACGAGGACACACAAUGCGCGCUGAGUGAAAAUUGGACCUUCGAGAAAAAAACUCGCCGAUGGUCAAGAGUGGGUGACAUCAGUCAGAGCAACGUCGAGAGGUUGCAGGCGAUAGCUGGCCAACAUUUACAAUCGGAGGAGGAAUCGAUGGAGGAUCGCGUCGAGGUUCAAGAGGGAGAUGACACGAUGCUGGAUUCCAUGCGGUAUCGGAGCCUACCGACCGGACCGAUAGCGGAUGAUCUCAGCCCCCGAUUUCGUAGGACCGGAUCGGAGAGGCUGCGCGACGGUGCCAAAGCGUUUCUUCGACGGGUCGAGUCGUUGAAGUCGCGCCGGAGAAAGCGUCAGAAUCGCGAGGGUGUUGUGAUCAGCGGGCCUCAAGUUUUGGACGUGAUAUCGAUGCAGCGGAAGAUGAAGGAUCUGAACUGCGUCGAUGUGUCGCCGACGGGGGUGCUGCCGCCGGUAUCACUGGGCGAUCUUUUGCCACCUUCACCACUUCCAAGAGCCACGUCACCGCUGACCGUUCCCUCGUCACCUUAUCACCUGGCCUUGUCCGGCAUGAGCAACGUUCAUUCCGUCAGUCCAUUCGGCGAUGAUUCGUCGAGCUACUGCUCCGACGGGUCUCAAGGUGGUGGACCGACUCCAAUACCAACGCGAACGAAACUCAACAAGGCGCGGAGGUUCCUAAACCGUGGGAGGGAGGAUCAAGGCGCUCUGAGCGAUUCGGAGUGCCAGCCAACCAGUUGGAGACACAAAUAUCUCAAAGACGCGAACAGCAAUCACACCAAAGUACUCGCGUACGUGAACGCGCAUCAACAAAGCGCCAAAGAAGCGUCGACAUCACCUUCCAAAAUGUCCGGUGGUAUUGGCUCCCGAGCAAGCAGUCUCAACCUCGGCAAAGAUUCCCAAAGAUACCGGGACAAGUUUUCACAGAAUCAGGAACGUUUUAACGAGGACAAAUUGAGCCCUGUCGCGAAACGCGAUGACAAACUCCACAAGAGUUUCCGUCACGAGAGGGACGAGAGCCAGUUCACUGAUAACAAAACUAUCGCCAAAGAGGUUACGGUCUAUCGAGAAAAAUCACGAUCGAGAAGUUCCGAACUCGCUGGAAGUCAGGAAAGCAGUUCCACCGCACCGAGUCGUGAUUCCGAUCACGAGGAAGACUCGCCACGACACAAGGGUAACGUCGUUAGAUGGCACAGCUUCCAACGAGGCUCUCUCUAUCCAGAACCUCUGGAUCCACUUUGUUCAAGAGCAAUGGCUUCCAUGUCCUGCGGACAAUUGUUGGUUCUACGAAAAUUAGCUCUCCUCAAACUAACGGCUUGCAUGGAACGCUACUGCCCCACUCACCGGACCGGAUGGAACUGGGAAUUGCCGAAAUUCAUCAGGAAAAUCAAAACUCCCGAUUACAAGGACAAAACCGUAUUCGGAGUCCCUCUGUUGCUCUCGUUGCAACGGACCGGACAGGCUCUACCAAAGUGCAUACAAAUCGCUCUCCGAUGGCUGAGGGCCAACGCUCUCGAUCAAGUCGGCAUAUUCCGCAAAAGCGGCGUUCGAUCCCGCAUUCAAAAACUCAAAGUCAUGACCGAGACUCAAGGCGAUGCCAUUAAUUUCGACGGUCAACAGGCCUUCGACGUUGCCGAUCUUGUCAAACAGUAUUUCCGCGAGUUACCCGAGGCACUGCUCACCAACAAACUCUCCGAGACUUUCAUCGCGAUAUUCCAACAUGUACCUAUCGAGCUUCGUCCCGAUGCUGUACAAUCGGUGCUGCUCCUGCUGCCCGACGAGCAUCGCGAGGCUCUCGAGACACUGCUAGACUUUCUCAAUCACGUAGCGACCAAUUCACCCUACAAUCAGAUGACAGCAUCGAAUCUAGCGGUUUGCCUCGCACCGAGCCUCUUCCACUUCAAUCACAGCAAUCCGAACGUCACCAACAGAUCCAGCAGCGUAUCACCUCGCCGGCGAAAGACCGUCGGUAUUCCCGAUCAGAGAGAACUAUCCGAAAACAAAGCCGCUCACGAUUGUCUAUUGUAUCUCAUCAAAAUGCAUCGUGAACUUUUUAUGGUUUCUUCGGACAUGCUGACUCAGUGUCACUUCAAUUACAUGGAAGAGAGCGUGCCCGUUGCUCUUGAAGAACUUGGUACUGAAAUGAAACAAGAUUGGCGCGGUUAUUUGUACGCUUGUACGACUGCAUUGUUGAAAGAAGCGCGUGAAAAGAGUCGGGGCUGGGUGACUGUGAACAAUCCAGCCGACACGAGCGUCGAGAUGGCUUACAAAAAAGUUGGGGACGGUCAUCCGUUGAGACUCUGGCGAGUUUCCACCGAGGUUGAAGCACCACCAAACGAAUUGCUUCAUCGCGUAUUACGCGAAAGACACAUUUGGGAUCCCCAGCUACUCAAAUAUAGACUCGUCAACAAACUCGACACCAACGCCGAGAUAUUCCAAUACGCUGCCGGAAAUAUGAGCCCCUUACCAGCACGGGAUUAUUGUGUUUUGAGAUCCUGGCGAAACGAUUUACCAAAGGGCGCUUGCGUCGUCGUCGAGACAUCGGUGGAACAUCCGGAUGCUCCUGUCAUGUUGGGUGGCACUCGUGGAAUAGUGUUGGCAUCCCGUUAUCUAAUCGAGCCCUGUGGGAGUGGAAAAUCCCGAAUCAUGCAUUUAUCGAGAGUCGAUACGAAAGGUCGAACCCCCGAAUGGUACAACAAGAGUUACGGUCACAUAGCAGCCUUGCACUUGAGCAAAAUCCGCAAUUCUUUCAAACACACGACCGAUGGUCCGGAGAGUAAGGUUUGAGAAUACGCCUCUGUACAAUGCGAGUCAUUGUACAGGCAAGGAUCGAGCCAAUCGGAAUCAUCUCAAGAAAAUAUUUCGUCGCAGCCAGAGGCUACCGUGCCGAAGCAUUUGCUCAUGGUCGACACUUUUAUCGACGAGGACUAGAGAAAAGAAUGUCAAAACAAGGAAAAAAAAAUGUCAACUCGAGAAAACCCGAAACAUUUCUCGGAUACCCAAACGCAUCGACAUGAAAAAUCCAAUUCAAUGCCUUUGCCUUAUCAUUUUUUUUACAUAUUUCAUUUUUUAUUGAAUUUACCUUUAUUUCUCGGACCAAAAUUCACUUCAAUUGUGCAUGGAAUAAUGUACGGUGCACGAUCGAUUAUAUCGUUUAGCUUUAAAUUACGUACAAUCUAUAAAUAUUGGUAUGCAUAAAUGUGGACGUGUGUUUAGAAUUAAAUGAUAAAUUACAUCGCCCACAAACACAUUAAAAUUCCAAAAUAAUAACGAAAAGUAAAAAUUUACGAAAUAAAAGAAAACUUUCGAGAACGAGUGUCACCUAACGGAGAGCCUCGUGUCUAUGUACAUAAAUUGCAAGCGAGAAGUAUUCGAGCGUGUGUUCGAAUGUUCCCCACCUUCGUUGUGGGGAUUAAAAAUUUAGUCGUCGUUCUUAACUGCGUGUUUUUUGAAUCGAAAAAUAAGCAAAAAAACAAAAAUCAUGGAUGUAAUCUUGGCCCGGUUAACGUAGUUCGAGUCAAUGAUAACUGAGAGUAAGUGUGAGAUGGUAUGAGUGUGAACAAAUAUAUAAAUAUAUAUAUUUUAAAAAAUUCGAAUCAAUGCGGACCAAUUGCACGGAGUGUGCGAAAAAUUCAACUCAAUUAACGAAACGAAUGGAUGAAACAACAAUAAAUCACUAUCGGAAAUCCGUGUUAUGCAACAACCUUUACGAGUACCUGGAACGAUUAUUGCGAGGACCUUACACAAACAAAAAACACAAAUAUCCCAAAAAAAAUAAAUAAAUAAUCUAAACGAUGCCGAAGUGCAUUGACAUGAAAGCCCAUCGAAGGGGGAAAUAUAUAUGAAUGUAUUUUGACAUAAUACUAGUCACUUUACGGUAGUUGAAUGCAUUUUUUUUUUUCGUCAAAAAAAAACAACAACAACAACAACAACAAAAACGUAAAACAAAAAGUUAAGGGAACCAGAAAGAUGAAUGUAUAGUUUUUUUUUCUAAUACACAACAUUAGUAUAUAAUACACAACGUCAUUAUAUAUUUGAAAGAUUUUAUCCAUAAGAUUACAAAAGAUUGAAAUAUAUACAGAGAGAAACUAAGUAUAUGGAAAAAAUUGUACGAAUAUAUAUUCGAGUUAAAUGUAUAUGAAUAUUGGAAAAUGGAAAAAAAAAAAAAGAAAAACAUAUUUUUUGUGUCCUAAAGCCAGUAGGGAA